CAGAAAAAUUGGAGCGGUAGCAGUGCCAACCAUGUGAAGAAUUUAUCGUCGUACAAGCGAAAAACAUACAGAUUUCGUAAAUUUAUGUGAAUCUCUCAGCAGCAGCAGUACAACGAAAUCGUGACCAAAAAUAAAUAAAUUCACACACACGCACAUUUAAAAACAUUAAAAAGAAAGACUAUGAAAAUAUUGUUGAUGCAUGCAACAGCAGGCAAUUUCGCACGGAUUUGCAGCUAGGCGGGAUCGAGCUGCGAGUGACUCAUCAUCGCUUGAGGAGCGCGCCUGUGUCGCUGAGAGGCAUAGAUAGGCGACUGCUGCUGGUCGGUCGCGUCGCUGCUGGGUUGACGCGCUGGCGCUACUUUAGUUAUUUUAGAACUAAAAACGUGAAAGUGCAGCAGAAGAAAAAAAGACUGAUAAAAAACUACAUACAUACAUAAGCAUACAACAAAAAAGUUGGAUUUUUGUUUCUUAAAAAAGAGAAGGGCAAAAGAAGUUUUGGCGGCAAUUCAAAUUUCGGAACUUUUGGCGGCCUCAUUCGUUGUGGAAGAAGAUUUUCUUUGAACGUUCUUUUUUUGACUGUCUCUGUUUUGUAAUUUCUGCCCCUUGAGCCGCUUUUGAUGUGUAAAAAGGUAAAAAAAAAAAAAAUGUUGCAAAGUUGCUUGUUUGUGUAUUUGAGUUUAUAUUUAUGAGUUGCAACGAGUCAUCUACAAACCGAAGGAAACCACUAAAAGAAAAUAUUUCAUACGCACCAAGCUUAUUAAUACAAAAUACCGUGAAAUACUGAAAAGGGUUCUGUCAGAAGCAGCCGACGUUAUUGUUUGUUUGCAUAGCGCCUGAUAAGCGUGCGCUUCAUCAGAAACUGGCAUCGAUAACGUGGUUAUGACUACCCCUUCAAAUUUAUCAAACUUGCACCGAACAAUUUCUGAAAAAUAAAAAUAAAUAAAACACUGAUAAAGUCUAAAUCGAAAAUAUUGGACGCAUUAACAUAAACAAAAAUAAAUAAUAAUAAAAAAAACAUAACAACUACAACACCUUUUACAACCAACAAACGUGCAGUAGUGCCAACACGAAUUUUAAGUGCCAAAUAGUAAUAAAAACCUUACUAGCGACAACUGUAAAAGUAACGAUACCAAAGAAGAAACCCAAAAUUAUAACUUAACACCAAAUAAAAUAACCAAAAAAGAAGCAACAACGUUAAAAACAAUAAAACAGAAAUACCAAAAAUGUCGGGCAUAUUCCGUAGCACAUCGCUGAAUAACACCAGCCAUUCAACGCCACAAAAACGGUACUCCUUUGGGGCUUUUUGCACCAGUCCGAGCACACUGAAGGAUGUUACAAUGGAGCAUACAUAUGGUGUGGGCUUUCCAUGUGUCAGCUUGCAGGGACAUGGCACGACAUCGCCACCUGUACAAGGACGUUCAGUGCGCGAAUUCGAGGAGCAAAUGGCAUCGCUACGUAAGGAGAAUUUUAAUCUAAAGUUACGUUUAUAUUUUCUGGAGGAAAGUGUGCCAGGUUAUCAUCACCCGAACACAGAGGGACAGGAGUCGUUAAUGAAGCAGCUAAUUGAUACGAAGGUUGAAAUUGAAAUUUUGCGUAAGGAGCUUGAAGAGAAACAGGAUUUAUUGAAGGAAGCCGCGCAGGCCAUGAAUCACAUGGAACAGAUACAAAAAGAGACUGAGGCUAAGGGUCAAGCAUUUAUAGAUGAACUAAAGCAGAAGAUACAAUUUUUGGAGAUGGAACGCGAUUUGGAUAAAACUCAUCACAGCGGUUUUAUGAAUGAUUUGCUUGGCCGUUCAGAUAUCUCAGAAAAUGUGAAUGCUUUACAAAAAAUACGCGAACUCGAGGGCAUGGUGACACAGUCCGAGGAGAAAAUGCAUUCGUUACAAUCACAAGUGACGAAAUUAGAAGAAAUCAUAGCAAAACGUGAUGAGACAAUCAAGGAGUAUGAGGAAAAAGUAAAAGAGCUGGCCUUUCAAAAUGCUGAGCUGCUGGAAAUGAUGGAGAACAAGGAAAAAGAUAUGGCAAAUGUAGAGCGCGAACUAAAGGAGAAAAAGGUCGAACUGGCUAAUAAGCUUUGUGAACUGGACGAUACUCAGCAAGAGUUGAAGAAGUUGCGCAAAAGCUAUGAUACCGCCUGUCGCACAUUACAACAACUUCUGCAACGCGAGAAAAAUCAGCAGGAAGGUGCUGGCAAUCGUGCCUUAAGUGACUCAGAGGCUUUACAAAAUCACGUACAAAAAUGCGAUCAUGAGAAUACGAUUAAGAGUCUAGAAGCCGAAGUAAAGAAGAAGACUGCUGCUUUACAGAAUCUGGUCAAUAAUGAGCUUUGGCAAAAGAAUCGUGAAAUCGAACGUCUCACCAAAUUAGUCAACGCAAACGCUACAUCUCCCCUUUCGCCGACAACAGCACGCAAAAAUUUAGAAUCUCUUCAACUACAGCAAUCCUUCACUGAGAGUGACUACACAAAAGCAUUGGAGCAUAAUAAACUGCUGCAACGCAAAGUGGACGUGCUGAAUCAACGUCUCGUCAACGAACGCACCCAUGAGGCUUUGAUCGAACAGCUGCGCCAAGAGGCGCGCACAGCACGCGCCGAAGCUGACAAUGCCGAGACAUGCCGACACGCAUAUGCCAAAGUCUUUGCAGCUCUAUCGGAUCGUCUCUACGAGUUAGCAGGAUUCCUUAACUCCCUAAUGAAAAACAAGGAGGUGUUGAGCUUCCUGUCGACCGAACGUCGCCGCGCCAUGCGUACCGCUGUAGACUGCAGCCUCGAUUUGUCUACGAGCAUACGCGAGACGUUGACCACAGGCGAUCAAAGCUUCGAAGGUUUAAGCAAUUUAUCACGGCUGCUGCUGGACGAAGAGGAGGGCGCUUUGGCCAAUAAGACAUUUAAUUCGCACGAACAAAUGCGUGCCCGCCACUCGUUCGAUGUGUUGCGCUCGGAGAAUAAGGCUUUGCGCAAGAUACUCGACAGCCGGCGCAGUUGUGGCGGCGCAGAUUAUGCAAAAGAUUCCAAGGAGCGCCGCUCGUUGCCGCCAUUCUUGCUGGAUAAUUUGAGUGAAUCUGAAGCGUGGUCGGAACCGGAUAGGCAAGUGUCGAUGGCGCGCAUCGGACUGGAGGAGCUUGUGGCAGCAGGCACUGGAGCGGCCGCGAAGGAUUCGGCCACCAAACCAGCGCCACCAACGGCCGACACAGAUAGCGAGAGCGAAAGUGAUGCGUUACAGCAGAGUCGCGCAAUGAAGUUGCGCAAUCAGGAGCGCAUAGCGCAGCUCGAGAAGCUCAUUGCACAGCGCGAUGACCGCAUUCUGAUGAUACAAUUCCAAUUAGUGGAAGCAGACAAUAACUUGAAGAAAGAAACACUGCGCGCCAUAGCGCUGACGCAAGAGGUGGAGCAGCUGCAGCAGCGCAAUGAAGAACUCUUAUCAGAUCUAAUUGCUAUUGGCAGCGAGCAAUCAAGAGACAAUACCACUGCGUCCGAGAGCGCCCUGCUCAACAGGUCAUUGAUGCAACGGCAAAUCGAGGAAAAAUGUCACGCCAUCGAACAGUUGCAAGGGGAGCGCGAUCGCCUCGCGGUGGAGGCGCGGCUGGCCGAAGUACAAGUGGGCGCGCUGAAGGCUGAUAUCGAAGACAUCAAACAGAAGUACGAGAUACAGCUGAAGUUAGCCAGCGAAAAAGAGCGCCAGCACUUGGAUACACUUAAAAACGAAUUGGAGCAGCUAAUGCAAAAGCGCUUGAAGGAGCAGGAGCGCGUGCACUCGGAAGCACUGACCCGCGAAUGGAUUGCGCGCACGACAUACGACGAGUGCAGAGCGCAGUUAACCGAGCUGCAAACGCAGUACAUAGAGGCCCAACGCACUAUCGACUAUCUGACAGACAGCGAGCAGGAUCUCAAGCAAUCGUUGAUAAACAGUGAAAUGGAGGUGCGUGGACUGAAGAAGCAAUUGGACGAAAGCGUGCUGCAAGCAUCCAAAGUGGUUACGGAACGCACAAAACUAUGUAAUGAGAAAUUGCAGUUAGAGAAACGUUUGCUGGAGUUACAGCAUCAGUUGAGCGCCGCCGAAAUGCAACAUGCGGCCACAACACAACGCGUCACAGAACUUGAACGCUUGCAACAAACAUUAAGCGAGCAAUUGGCGCAAGCGCAAGCAGCGGCAGUUAAGCGCCUGGAUGCCAACGAUAUGUCACAAGUGGGCGGCUAUGCUUCGGACGAUGUGCAAAAGUCGAUUGCGAAGCGCGAUAGCAAUUCCUCGCCUGAUUUGGGUAUACACAGUGAUACAGGCCGCGUUUCCAGCGUGGAAUUGUCGAACGUACAACGCUCGCUACUCAAAACUGUGCCAAUGCCAGAAGACGGUGAGCUGGCGUCCAAUGAAGAAUCUAAAUACUGCUUGGUGGAUAAGAGUAACAUGGCUGGCAAGUGCGCGCAACAUAGCUCAUCUUCCGACUUGGGCAUUGACAGUGAUCCGGGACGCAAGUUGUCCCGUGCGGAUGUUAAAAAGGAAUCUCCAACCCGCACAGAUACCGACGACAGCAACACGGAAAAUAAGAUGAGUGUGGCCAAUGUAAAUAGCCGUCCCUCCGCCACUGCCGCUGCCUCCACAACUGCCGGCGGCUCAGUGCCAAUUCACGACUGCAUCAAGGUAGAACAAGAAAAUACCGAAUUACGACGCAAGCUCGUACAAACGAAGCGCGCAUUCGAGGAGACUUACAAAAAGUUGCACUAUUCAAAUAAGCGCAAAGAGAGCUUUGAGAAAGAGGUCAAAGAGCAAAUACUAAAAACGAAAAACACUCUCAAAUAUGCGCGCUUCCAUAUGGCUCAAGUGCAGCAACCUAACGCACAACAUCCCCAUCAUCAUCAUCAUCAGGAGGAGCAAGUGCAAUCAUCAUCAAUGCACCAGGCACCUCAGCAACCACAACAAACACAUGAGCAACAACAACAACAACGUAAUAUAACAAGUGCUGGUGUUAGCACAUCUAAAUCAAGUAGUGAUGCACUUCAUUAAAAGACUAAAUCAAAGGAAGCACAAAAGCGAGAAAAAUCAGCGCGCACAAAAUCGGCGAGCACUUGCACGACGAACGCACAAAUGUUCAUUCGUUGCUAACAUGCACAAGGCUAAAUAUAUUAAUUUUUGAAGAAAAGCGCUAGUUAUAAUUAAUUAACUAAUUACUUAGCUUAGAUUAAAGUCAUGUUUUAGAACCUAAGCACUCUUUACAUAAAGACAUUUAUUUGUAAUCAUUUUAUUCACCUGCUAUAUAUCUAUAUUUGUAUGUUUGUAUUUGCGUUAUGAGAACUUGUUGAAUGUAGUACAACCACGUUGUUCAAGCAUAAUUUGCUUAUCUAACUUUAAGUGAUGCAACUGUUUAUUUUCAUUCAUAUAAAUAUGCUGCAUAUGUAAAUUAACUAAAUAUCCUCACGAAAUCAGAUGCUAAUUAUAGCGGCUCAUUAGUCUAGUAAACCCAUAAGGUUUUCAUUACUUUUUUCAUUUACAAUUAGUUUUAAAUUACAGAUAUUAUACUAACUUUAUGAAAUACUUUUUAUGCAUGCUCUAUCAAACAUACAUAUUCAUAUGCCAAGACUAAAAAAAAACAAAAAAAUUACCAACACGCAUACCAGUGCCAUUUUCGCCCAACACAUUCAUAUACAUAUUUUACUAAAAAGGCCAUAAUUUGUUAACAGUUAAUUAAAAAAAUAUAGAAACCCAAGUACUAUGGUCAGGGGUCAAAGGCUUGCAACAAAAAAACUAACCUCAUGUCUAAGGCCAGUUUUUUGUUUGUUACUUUCGAUGUAGUUUUUACUUGAAAUAUGAACAUAAUAUUGAAACUUGUAAUAAAUAGUCAUUUAAACUAUAAGUUAAGUUUGUUUACGGUCUCUUCUAGAAGACUUAAAUACAAAAUAUAUAUAUAUUAUGCCACAAAAUGAGUUGAAGCAGAUUUUCAUUUUGUUCACUUUUUCGUUUUUAUUUAAUUUAACUUUUUUGCUUGACGUCCGCACAAAUCUUUGCCAAGCAAAAUACUGUUAUUUUUAGCAGAAUUAUAAAAUUCUUUAUCAGGCGCACAAAAUUGCACAGUAAUAACUCGCAUGUUUCUUUACAAUUCACACAUACAGAUUUUGCUAGAUAAUUACUCAGCAACAGGCUAAUCUGCUUUCAAGGAUUUUAAUUAAACAAGAAAAGAUUCGGGCGAAACCGAACUUCAUAUCCCUAGUGUGCGUAAAAUGUAUAUUUUAUCGAACACUGCUUAGAAUUGCCGUUAUAUAGAAACUAGGCAUAGGUAUUGUCCGAUUUCAAAAAUGUACGACAUUUUUUUUAGUGAAAAAAAGAGUCAAUGUGUUCAUCAGUUUUUGGAAGCAUCGAUAAGACGCUACUGGAAUACACAUAUUUUAAAUGAGUGCGAAGUACCACGCAUAUGUUUUAAUAAGAAGUUUUUUGCUAAAAGUUUCCUCUUUUUCACUAUAUAGCGAAAGAUUGGAGUGUUUUCAUUUUCCAAAAAUACCGUCAUAUGAGAGGUAUGCCGAGAGAGUGUCCGAUUUCAUGCACUUUUAAGUCUUGGUUAAUGACCAAGGUUUGGAGAAAUCAGUAAAGCGCUUACUGAGCUACCAUGAUCAGGUGGUGCCACGCACAUUUUCCAAAAUCUUAAAAACUCAAUUUUAUUUAAAUGUUAGAUAAUUUAGCUUCUUUGUUUCAUCCAAGGAGCUCCGCCUCGCCUCAUACUCCGAUUAGUGGUACAUCUCGACAAUGUCCUGAAAGCACUUUGCCAAUCAAUUAACAGUUACCUCAGUACUCUCAACUCAAUGGCAGCCAAUUUGGGCGAUAAAUGCUGCUUAAACAUGAGUCUUAGUUUGGCAACUGCCUUUUCGGACAUGGCCUUUUCAUUGCCAAAUCGUCUCCUAUAUUUAAUUUCUUCGUUUAACCAACAAUCCAAAAUUUUUUAUAAUUUUCUCCUAUUUACGCUUCUCAAAUCGUAAGUACUUAGAAUUUGAUAUUUAUCAGCCUCAUCGCGAGUAUCGUGUCGAAUGCAUGGCGAUUUUCGAGAGUCGAGUCGUUUCGAGAAGUACGUGACAUUGCCUAAAAAUUCGAUUCGACUAGUGUAUUAAAAUGGGAAACUUGGCAUCACUGGAUAGUUUUCGGCAGUUUCCGUCGUCUACAUAUUUCAGCAUGACAAUAGGCAAUGCCAAUGUUGUCGAGUCAUGUAUUUUAGUCUAAUGCAUGCAAUGAGGCUGUAGAUUUCUGGCCUAACAAGGGAAAAAUUAGCAUUGGGGUUGAAAACAGUUUUAUUGUUUUUCAAAAUAUUCUCCAUGAUGAUCAAUACACUUUUGAAUAGUUUUAGCAUUUUCUUACAUCGAUCGAAACGAGCCUCUUUUUUUUUAAUAUGUGUGGGAACCAAAGCGAACACACCUUGUUACCACAAGGAGAUCAUACAAAAUAUUAUUGAUGUUCGUUGUACUAAUGUCCAAGGAUUCCUCAUAGCUAGUUUAGCGAAAGCAAUUUAAGUGAAAAAUUAUUUUUUAUUUGAGUUUAAUACGGAAACUGACAGAAAAAAAUAUAUCGUGAAACCGGCAGUCUCUCAACGCUUGUAAUAUGAAGGAUCUUGCUCAAUCAUUUCGCUCACAGCAUCGAUGUCGUCUGGCACAAAUGGGUUCGAAUCAUCACAUACGAUUUCGUA